ACGCGCACCGGCACCUACCAAGCCGCCACCUUCUCCCCUUUAUACACGCGACUCGCCGGAGGCGAACCACUCCUCGUGCCACCUCCGCCUCUUCCUUGUGAUCUCCGAAUUCCCAUCUCAGAUUCCAAGGGCCCCCCGUGCGAUCCCCCGGCUCUCCCCGCCCACCAUAUAUCCAGAGGCUCCGCCCCCCGCCUCGAACCCCUCGCGAAAGUCGCCGCCAUAUUGUUCUGAUUUGAGCCGGGCGGAUUGAUCCCGGGGAGCGGCGUUGCCGUUCUUGAUCCUGAGAGUGGUUCUUGGUUGGUUUGCGGGAGGAAAGAAGUCAUGAUACCUUCUGUGAAGCUCUCUCCUGCCCCUGGAGCCUUUUCAGGCUUCAGCCUGCGCUCAAAAUCAGCUUCAAUUCCAUCCAUCUCCAGUUUCAAACCCUCAAAAUACGUGGUAUCCUCCCUGAGACCACUCUACCUUGCACCGCUAGAUGGUCCGCGCACUGCCGAGCUUAAGCCUCGGAGGCAGCCACUUGAGUUCCGGUGCGCAGCUUCUGCUGCUGAUGACAAGGAGUCCAAGACUGAGGUGGUGCCGGUACAGUCGGAAGGUGCACAGAAGCUAAAAAUCUCCAUCUAUUUCGCGACCUGGUGGGCGCUCAAUGUGAUAUUUAACAUUUACAACAAGAAGGUUCUCAACGCUUUUCCAUACCCCUGGCUCACCUCCACACUCUCCCUCGCCUGUGGCUCUGCAAUGAUGCUUUUCUCAUGGGCCACCCGCCUUGUUGAGGCCCCCAAGACCGACCUAGAUUUCUGGAAAGUUCUUUUCCCGGUUGCUGUGGCACAUACAAUUGGCCAUGUUGCUGCAACGGUCAGCAUGUCUAAGGUGGCGGUGUCAUUCACACACAUAAUUAAAAGUGCAGAACCUGCGUUCAGUGUUUUGGUGUCGAGGUUCCUCCUUGGAGAGACAUUUCCUGUUCCUGUCUAUCUUUCUCUUCUUCCAAUCAUUGGUGGAUGUGCUCUUGCUGCUGUCACAGAGCUGAAUUUUAAUAUGGUUGGAUUUCUGGGUGCUAUGAUAUCCAACCUUGCUUUUGUUUUCCGCAACAUCUUCUCAAAGAGGGGCAUGAAGGGGAAGUCCGUCAGUGGCAUGAAUUACUAUGCUUGCCUGUCAAUAAUGUCCCUUGUCAUACUGACUCCAUUUGCUAUUGCUAUGGAAGGCCCCCAAAUGUGGGCUGCUGGUUGGCAAAAGGCUCUUGCAGAAGUUGGCCCCAAUGUUAUCUGGUGGGUUGCUGCUCAGAGCGUGUUCUACCACUUGUAUAACCAGGUUUCCUACAUGUCUCUUGAUCAGAUUUCUCCAUUGACGUUUAGCAUUGGCAAUACAAUGAAGCGUAUAUCAGUGAUUGUUUCGUCAAUCAUAAUCUUCCACACACCUGUCCGCCCUGUCAAUGCCCUAGGAGCUGCCAUUGCCAUCCUUGGCACAUUCCUGUACUCUCAGGCGAAGGCAUGAGGUUGAAACUUUGGCAAGAUCAGUGGGCCAUGGAUGAUGAACUUCUCUGCAGAAUCAGUGGCAAGCAAUGAAUCCAGUUUUGCUUGUGCAAGUAUCAUGUAGAUAUAGGGUUAGGUUUCCAUAUGAGGUCUAAUAAUGGAUGAAUGGCUACUGUUUCCCUGUGCCAUGUUGACCACAAACCGAAAUCCAUAGGCCAUCAAGUGUGGUUGAGUGUAUCUGAAUAAUACUGUAACGGAAUUCGCCGGCGCUGUUUCUUUCUGGGUAUAUAAUCGGUCGUUCAAAUCCCGGUUUCAGUAGUUUGUACUAAUGAGGAUUUAAUUUGUUUUGUUUUUAUGCAUUCCAGUAUUUAGCAGAGUUCA